AUGUGGCAACGUCAAGUUGUGAUAGUAUUUUUAACGUGCAUUAGUUUCUCAAAGACAUUUAAAUAUCAAGUUAUUCCUGAAAAUGAGGAUAUAUUUCAGGAUUGUAAGGACCAACCAAAUGGAGUUUAUGGCAUCGGAACUUUAUUGGACUUCUCCGAAAUAACGUAUGAGACGGUCGGGCAAUCGGUAAUCCUGAAAGGUAAUUCACGAUCGCUUUGGGAUAUUAAGAGUAAGGACCGAGUACAGUUUGAACUCCGAAUUUUGGAAUACGCUUGGGGAGAUUGGCAACCAACUUUAUAUUCUAUGAAAGUCCCAGAUUUUUGUUCAAAAAUGUACGACACCGAUCAAUAUUGGUAUAAAAUCUGGCUAUCGAAUCUCAAGAAUUUAGAAGAUGUAAAAGACAAAUGCUUGACGCCAGGGACAAAAUAUGAAAAUGGAAAUUGUAAUAUGACAGUGGUAUUUGAAUCAUAUCUCCUGAUGUAUGGAAGGUACAAGGGCGAAGUUAAAUUUACAGCAUUUGAUGAGUUCAACAAGCCUCGGCCGAUUAAAAUUUGCUUUGAGGCCAGAAUCGAAUUACAAAGGUUGUCCUAGCUAAAGUUUGCUGUACUUUCUUUGAUAAAAUAAAAAAUACUAAAAGUACAAUA